AUGGGCGACAAAUCAGCAUACAUGGGAGCCGGCGGCUAUUCGUCAGGAUAUAUGGGAGCGAAUGCGUCGUCUUCUGGUUAUGCGCGUGAGGAUUAUGCGCAAGGCGGACAAUCCGGAAGCAGUGGUGGCGGCGGAUCGGGAGGUGAGUACUGUAGAUCAGGAGUACUGUGGAUACUGUAGGCGUAUGUUCUACAGUAUGAGAAGAUUCUAGCCCAAGCUGACUAGAGUACUGUAGCUCAUAAGGUACUGUAAGUUUUGUAGACCAGAUUCAGAAGUCUUCUAGGUUACUGUAGUUUUUUUUGAGAUACUGUACUGUACAGUACUGUAGCUCAUUUUUUCUGUAUUCUCAAAGCUGUAGAUUAGACCAGAUACUGUAGUAUGAUGUUCGAAAGUCCUUUCAGUAUCUUGGGUUACUGUAGAAAUUUUAGGUACUGUAUUUGAGCAGUACUGUACAUCUCUAGAAAAGUACAGUAACAUCAAAAGCUACGGGUUACUGUAGAAUCAUUAAGCCUUACUGUAUAUGUCCAAUAUUCUGACUAGAGUACUGUAGAUCUCCAGAAGUUUGUACAUAUUUCAGAACCCAAGGAUCUUCAGAUCUGGGUUACUGUAGGUCAAGAUACAGUACUAUUGUUUUUCGUUUCAGGAGUCAGCAAUCCAGGAGCGCAAGUUUUCAAGGCGCGUACCGAUCAAUCGUGCUACAUGGGACCACCAUAA